CCUCGUGGCCUGGAGAUAAGAGAAGAGCCACAGAUGACGACGCCUCUGGCCUGACCAACUGGAAGCCAGCAGCCCUCAGCGGCCGGGGAGGCUGCGGGGGCAGAGGUCCGUUGGGGGCCGUUUGAGGUCAGGCUUCAGGACAAGGUGCUCCGUGGGGCAGCUGGAUAGGGGCCUCGGGAGGGAGGCCUGGGCUGGGGGGGUCCACGCAGGACUGGGUGCUGCGGCCGGCAGCUUCAGGUGUCCUCAGCAGGCAAGCGAUGGGUCAAGCUACGCCUGGCCCUUUGGCAGCCCCCCUGCUGGUGUCCCCCUGACACACACACACACACCCACCCACACCCACACGUCCUGCUCUUCCCAAAUUCUGCCGCCUUCUCCCCCUGCUUCGCGGGGCGAGGCCCGAGGUCAGGGCCUCCUUCCUAAGGGGAAGCCAGGGCCCCUCCCCGCUCCUCCUCAGGGUCCGGCCCACCCAGGGCUGGUUCGGGGACCUGAGCCGCCCACCCUGCUCACACUCAAGUUCGGCAUGGGGACAGGGAAAACCUUGUCCCUGUCCCUUUAAGUCUCUUGAGGGAGGGGGUCCUCAGCCUGGGUUCGGCACCCUGAGGGAGACAGAAGGAAGUGGGGCAGGUUCGGCAGUGCUCCCGGGGCCUCCUCGCACACACAGACUUCCUGCGAUGAGAACGGAAACCCAGGUGCUGUCCCCACCACGGCAGCCCCCGAGCCUGGCAGGAGGGGAGCCAUGGACAGGCCCCGGGCCCUCGGCCUGCUCUUGGCGCUGCUGACUCUCUGCAUCACCGCUGGGACUCCUGAGGUGUGGGUGCAAGUUCGGAUGGAGGCCACCGAGUCCCUGUCCUUCACUGUCCGCUGUGGAUUCCUGGGAUCCGGCUCUAUCUCCCUGGUGACUGUGAGCUACGGGGGCCCUGAUGGUGCCGGAGGGACCAAGCUGGCAGUGCUGCACCCGACAUUGGGCACCCAGCACUGGGCCCCAGCCUGCCAGGCCCACUGGGAGACCAGAAGCAGCAUUUCCCUCACCCUGGAAGCGUCUGAGGGGAGAAGCUCCAGACACAACACCACCUUUUGCUGCAGAUUUACCUCCUUCCCGGAGGGCUCCCAGGAGGCCUGUGGGAACCUCUCCCUCAGCACAGACCAAGGGCUCGCUGCUCCUACUCCAGCCCCUGUGCUGCGGGCUGACCUGGCAGGGAUCUUGGGGGUCUCCGGGGUCUUUUUCUUCGGCUCCAUCUACCUCCUCUACCUCCUGCGUCGACAAAGGCACUGGUCUGUCACCAAGCUUCAGCCACCCAGACAGAACAGCCCCCAGACACAGAGGCGAGCAAGCGCAGCCGGCCAGGCCUCCCUGACUUCUCUCCACGGCCCCUGCGCCACCAUCAGCACCAGCUACCUCUGUCCGGCAAGUCUGCACCCGGUCCUCCCGCCCCAGCCACUGCCCAAGUGGGCGACGCUGCCCGCCCACCCGGCACGUCGUCCCCAGAGCCUGGCCCGCUGGGCGCCCCCGCCCGGCUCCGUGCGCAGCAGCUUCGUCUCCAUGGAGAACUGGCUCUAUGCUCAGGCAGGAACGAGGCCGCUCCACGCCCGUGCCACCCCCAGCCCUCUCCUGGGCCCUCUGGGGCCCAGGGCCACCAAGGAGGACCUAGCGGCUCGCUGAGAAGGACCCAAACCCGGUCCACCUCUCUCGCCUCCCGGGGCUCGGGGACCCCCUUGGGCGCGGUGUCUGCGUCCUGUCUGGGCACAGCGUGUUUUGUCCUUAGGUUUCUAAUGUCUACACAACCCGGCCGGGCCCACUUGCGGAUGUGGUCAGCACAUGUGCCCCUGUGUGCACAAGUGUGCAUAUGCGAGAUGAUAAAACCCAGUCCCAGGUUG